AUGCCGCCGACUGCCAUAUUACCCUCUUCUGCCGCCGCCUUUACUCCACGAGCGCCGUCCAUAGUGGUGCUGAAUGAUAAUGUAUCCUGGUUAGUACAGAUUUUCAAGCGAGUGAAUCUGGCUAGGCGACCUUUGAACAAUCUCAAACAGCGAACCAGCUACCUCAGUGAGAAACUGUCAUCGAAGAGCGCAAUCUGGGCAUUAUGCUCGGUGAUGUUGGAGAACACGCUUGGGAUAAUCGACAUCGAGUCAUGGAGCUCCGUAAUGCCAGAAAACCGGCCUUGGAUGAUCCAUAUCGAGGCAUAUGUCGUGCAUGUUGACAUGGUCUCACGGAGCGAGGUGGCUUUCAAGUUAACCGAAGGGACGAUCAAUGACCUCAAGAGAUUCUAUGAAGAAUUUCAAUCAGUUGAUGCAGCUACAUACAGGUGGAAUUGGCCAGAGAAGCAAGCUCAGCUGGACAAAUUGCAUAAGGAUUUUGUCGAAGCCGUCAACAAGUUCGUUUACCGGACCCACGUCAAGGCUCUGGAAGGGCUAGAAGAAGACGGCUCCGGAGAGCUACUAUGUGGUUGCAGUGAGGAUGUUAAAGCAGCUAUUUUCAAGCUUUUCGUGCCAUUGAUGCCUCCCCCACGUGUGGUACAUUUCCUGCGGCCAGUAGUUCCAUUUCUGAGUGGGACUAAGCCAGCUGCACAUGUUCCUAUCCACCUGUUCGAUGGGGACAAGUCACGGAGUACUCAAUCAAAUGUUCGUACGCCGAGCACCAAGAAUCUCCACGAUCCAAGCCUGGGGUAUGGUUUGGACGCUAUUGAUGCCGCUUCCCCGAUACAUUUUGUUGGUAGCCCGCUCUUCAUUAGCGCCCGUCUGAGCUAUCCAUCCAAUUUCUCAUUUGCCGAUGUAUCGCUGAAUCACGACAGCUUAUGUGGAGCUUUUGGUGGAAGCCCUUCUUCCUUUUGUUGA